AUGGGCAGUGGCAAGAAGGGCGGCUCGCAGCUUGCCCAGCUGCGCUCCGGUCUUCGCGAUGCCGGAAUCACAGGCCCGAAACCUAAGAAGGGAAAGAAAAACCAAGAUGAUAGUCGCAUUGGCCAGUACCGCGCGCAGCAACGCCGCAAGCGACUGGAUGCCCUGAUGUCGAACCUGAAUGCGUUUGAUGAGCGCACGAGUCACAACAAAGGCGAUCUCUCUGGAAGCAGGACGAAGGGUUCUGUUGGACGCCCGGCUCAGUCAAAGUCUGCUUCCAUCAAGCAGCGUCGUGAAAAGUUGCUGCCAGAGUACCAGGCUCGUCACCGCUCCUCGACCUUUGUCGAUCGACGGUUCGGCGAGUAUAAUCCCACUAUGUCGGUCGAGGACAAGAUGCUUAAACGUUUUACUCAGGAGCGUAUGAAUCGCUCCAACAAGACUUCUAUGUUCGACCUGAACGACGAUGACGGCGAGCUUACACUUACACACUACGGCCAAAGUCUGAGUGGCCUAGAUGAGCUCCCGGAUGUGGACCGCGAGGAUGAUGGGGAUGAGGAAAAUCCACGAGGCCAAAUUGAUGCCGCGGAGACUGAAAUGCAACAUUUCUCUGGAUUCGGUGAAGAAAACGAGGAUGUCCCACGCAGCAAGAACGAGGUGAUGAAGGAAAUUAUCGCCAAGUCCAAACUUGCUAAGUACGAGCGCCAAAAGCAAAAGGAUGCCGAUGAGGAAAUGCGUAUGGAAUUGGAUGAAGAGCUUGGAGAUAUCCGUUCCUUGUUGUUCACGCGGCCCGCAGAUACCCAGCGCCAGGAAGAGCCCAAGCUAGCGGAGACCAAGGGCGAUGAAUAUGACGCCUUUGUGCGUGAAAUGGCAUUUGAACGUCGUGCAAAGCCACAAGAUCGUCUAAAGACAACAGAAGAGCUGAUGGAAGAACAAGCAAAGCGCCUCCGGGAAGCAGAGGAGAAGCGCCAGCGCCGGAUGCGGGGUGAACAAGAUGAGGAAGGUGAUGAAAUGCUUGACUAUGCGCUCGAGAGCGAGGAUGAUGAGCCUGUAAAGCGAUUUGUAAAGGCUGAAGAAACGCGCUCGCAGCGAUCGCGUUUUGGACUAGGUGAGGGAUUGGCGUCAAAGACGCAGCCAAUCGUGGAUCAGGAAGGCGAGGAUGAGGAGGGUGAGGAAGGCGAGGAAAAUGAGGAAGAUGAGGGCGAGGAAGAAGAGGGCGAGGAAGAAGAGGGCGAGGAAGAAGAGGGCGAGGAAGAAGAGGAAGACGAGGACAAUGACGAGAGCGAGGAAUCUAUCUCGGAUGCAGCACAGGAUCUGGCGGACUACCAGCAUAUGGAGCAAUUUGGUGAACACACGGAUACCCCGGACACUGAUGUGCUUACCCAGUCGUCACAGCGCCAUCUCUCCAGGGCCAAUUCUGAAUCUAUCCCUACCUUGCCAUUCACAUUCCCAUGCCCUUCUACUCAUGAUGCAUUCUUGGACUUGCUGGAAGAACAUCAAGUCCAGCCGUCGCAGCUGCACACUGUCAUCUCUCGUAUUCGUGUCUUGCAUGCGCCCAACUUGUCUGAAGAGAAUCCAGUCAAGCUGCAGCGGUUCCUUAAUGUGAUUGUGGAUCAUUUCUUGUAUCGGACCAUGCAGAGUGACGCGACUGAGGAUGACCUGCGCAUUUUGAACGAUAUGCUGCUGCAUAUCUCUGAGUUGACCAAGACAUACCCACUGCAAGCGGCUGAGCACUUUGUGACUAAAUUGUCAAUUAUGCACCGAAACCUGAUGCGUGGCUUGAGUCAAGGAGCCUUGGAUCCCACCUCGAAGACAUGGCCACAGCUUUCCGAGCUGUCUUUCCUUCGCAUGUGCGGACUGCUGUGGCCUACCAGUGACCGAUGGCAUGCUGUUGCUGCGCCCAUGUCGCUUCUUGUGGCUCAAUACCUGGCCCACGCUCGAAUUCGCUCCUGCCAAGAUAUGGCCUCCGCCCUGUAUCUCUGCUCGCUUGUUUCCUCUGCCCAGAAAGAAAGCAAGCGUCUUGUGCCUGAAGCUUUGAACAACUUGUUUUCUAUCGCUGCUAUUCUUUUGCCCCUCCAUCACGGUAGGGCCCAACGUGGAAGUUCGGCUGUUAAGGCACUGGCAGAAGAGUUUGGAAUUCCUACGCCCGAUGUUGAAGCGGCGCAUACGGCCCAUCUUACGAUUGAGAGCGAUGCGGCUUCGAAUCCUAAAAUGAGUCUUACGGCGGUAUUCCCGUAUGCCUCGGACACGCCGUCGUUGCGCGCGGAUCUCUUGCGUAUGUGUGUUUCGCUUCAGUGUAUCUUUGCGCGCUUGUACCGCGCUAGUCCCGGCUUUGUGGAGAUGUUCACUCCCAUGGUAUUUUUGCUGGAGAUUGGGCUUGCCGGCCUACAUGAUGUGGCACCAGGCCUUGUGCCCUAUGUUAAAGAAAGUGCUUCUGAGAUUCGUUCUAUGCUCGAGAUGGCCUACGGUGAGCGUCGCGCACUGCGCCUGCAAUCCCACCGUGCCUUGUCCAUCGCCUCAUACGCGCCGAAGUUCGAGCAGCAGGCCUUUGAUCCUAAGCGCGCUACUGAUCCCGAUACUGAACGUGCUUAUGCAGCCAAGAUGCGCGCGCUUGUCAAGAAGGAACGCAAAGGUGCGAUUCGUGAGCUUCGCAAGGAUGCGCAAUUCAUUGCCGAAGAACGUGAACAGCGCCGUGUCGAGGAGGACGCGACGUAUAAGAAAAAGAUUGACAAGAUUGUUGGUGGUAUUCAGGAAGAGCGAUCUGAACAGAAGCAGCUCGAGCGGGCUAAGUCCUUGCUAAAGAAGCGUGCAGGUAAGCGUUGA